UCUGGAUGUCUGGACGGUCGCCUUUGACGCAUCCAAGGCAUUGUUGCUCACUUUUGCACUUCACAACAGGCAAGAGUGUUCCAUCGGCACCUUAUCAAGGCUCACUUUCCGAGCAUUGAGCGAAUCCAUCAUGGGUCGAUCCGCUAAGUUCUAUAAAAAGCCGACGCUCAAGGAGAAGCAAGCGACCAAAAAGAUGAGCAGCUCGGCUUCAGCUUCCGCUGCAAUGGCGGAGAAAGCACGGCAGGAGGCGCGUGCAGCCGCUUUGCGCGAGGAGGCGUUGCGGCUCAAACAGCGCCAGCAGCAAGACCAAGAGCAUGAGCGAGAAGAGGGCUGCGCCGGCGGCAGAAGCAAAGCAGCUGCUGGACCGAGUAGGCUGAAGAUUCGAGCGCAAAAGAAAGGCUCACUGGAUGCGGGAGGGUACAGGACGCCGAAGGAGGCUGGGAUUGAUUAUGUCAGGCAGUGGGAAGGGAAGAGGGGGUGACAGCCGAGCUAACUAGCUAGAGGAAGUGUACUUGUAGGAGGUGACCUUGUUGUAGCAUAAUUGGGCAGGACACCUUCCCCCUU